UCGUGCCGAUGGAAUCUUCACUUCAGCUACUUGCGGCUCGUUUCAGAUAUGUAAGUUCCAAAGUGGCCCUAUUUUCUAGAAGACUUGAGCUUGGUACAGAGUCUAAACGUCUAUUAUUAUCUCAGUGGCUUCGAAAGGAACCUACUUAUCGUUGGUCUAAACAAGCUGCUUCCAACUGGCGUAGUUUUCGUCCAUCCGCCUUGGAACGCAGAAAUAUCGUUACAUCUGACCACAAUAGAAAGGAAUGGCAUAUUCGGGAAACAUUAGAAAAACAAGUUUCUGACUGGAAUAUUGCCAACUGUAUUACGGGCACUAGGAUAGCUUCUAUUCCUGUUAUUGCGUCGUUGAUUUAUUGUCAACAAUACGAAGCAGCUUCGAUGGGUCUUGCAGCAGCUGGUGUGACUGAUUGGUUGGAUGGAUUUCUUGCUAGAAAAUACCGUUUAUCUACUGUACUUGGCUCUUAUUUGGAUCCUUUGGCUGAUAAGUUAUUGAUCAACGCUCUAGUGUUUACACUAUCUGCCAAUCAACUGAUACCUUUUACUUUGGCUCUACUUAUUUUCGGUCGUGAUGGUUGUCUCAUCUUUGGUUCUGCUUACAAGCGUUGGGAAACGAUGAAACAACUUGGAAAUCACUCCCUAUCCGAUUUCUUUCACGUAUCUCGUAUUGAACCGUUGAAAAUACAACCUUUGGUUAUCAGUAAAUGGAAUACAGCUGCACAGUUUGUACUGAUUGGAUAUAGUUUGUUUCAUGGAAUGCAUCCAGGUAAGUAUUUGCUACAGAUAUAAGUGAGUUGAUGAUGAUUGUAUAGACAUGGCCUAUGAUCAUAUUUACGUGGCUGUGAUUGCGCUAACUACUUUGACUACGAUUGGUUCAGGAUUGGCCUACGUGUAUCAAGUCUUUUGGAACAAAAAAGGAAAUGUGUUUCAACGUGU